AUGGAUAUCCUCACGUAUCUCCAAUCCCCGCAGAGUUAUCUUUGGGCAGCGCUGUUGGGUGUUGUCCUUCAUUUGACGCUGUUUCGCUAUGGUGAAUGGGACUGGUCUGCGCCAGCUUUGAUCUCGUCCUUUUUCACCACGCAAUUAAUUCUCCUGGGAUUUUUGACUGCCUACGCACCAUCAUGGAAGGCAAUUCUACUGGCAGUGCUCCAUGUGUCGGCUCUAGGGACUUGCCUUCUCGCGGGCACUUCCGCUAGCAUCUUGAUAUAUCGUGGAUUCUUUCAUCGACUCUCCAGAUUUCCUGGCCCCUUUUGGGCACGGUUAUCUGCCAUGUAUCCGACAUCACUUUCCGUCAGGUCCAAAUUGCAUCUUUAUGAAGAGGUUCAAGCCCUGCACAGACAAUAUGGGGAUUUUGUGAGACUUGGACCGAUGGAAUUGUCCAUCGCUGAUCCGCGGGCCGUUCAAGCAGUCAAUUCAGCACAGACUCCCUGCACGAAAGGACCCUGGUACAAUGGAAUGCGACCACGGGUGGCCUUACAAAACAGCCGAGACAAGCAAGAGCAUUCACAGCGAAGGAAAGUCUGGGAUCGGGGAUUCGGUGCUAAAAGUCUUCGCGAUUACGAGCCUCGAGUAGUGUCAUACACCACCGGCUUGAUGAAUGCUAUUGAGGCUCAAAAGGGCAAGCCACUGAAUGUCACCGACUGGUUCAACUUUUACAGCUUCGAUGUCAUGGGCGACCUCGCCUUCGGAAAAUCGUUCGAUAUGGUCAAGAAUGGCGUCAAACAUUACUUCAUGAACUCCCUCAAGACCAACAUGACCAUGGCAGGCUACUUUAAGCACAUUGUCUGGAUUGCACCGAUCUUCAGGUCGACACCGAUCCUUAAUUUCGAGCACAAGAGAUUCUGGAAGUUUGUCAAUAGCCAAGUGGAUGAGAGAAUGAAGAUGAAACCAGAUAAGCCGGACGUGUUCUCUUAUCUGCUUGAAGAAUAUGAAAAACAAGAGCCCAAGACGGCUCAAGGCUUAAUGAAUCUUCAGGCUGAUGCCUAUUUGAUUGUCGUUGCUGGAAGCGAUACCACCGCCGCGACCCUGACGAGCCUCUUCUUUCAUCUAGCUACGGAACCCCAUUUGCUGACCGAGCUUCGGAAACACGUGGAUCCGCUGUUCGAGGCCGGGGAAGUCGAUUCUGUCGCCCUAUCGAAGAGCAAGCAUUUGGAUGCCGUCAUCAACGAGGCUUUGCGUCUUCAUCCUCCCGUGCCUUCAGGCGUCCAGCGGUUGACUCCCCCCGAAGGCAUGAUCAUCGGUGAAACAUUUGUUCCUGGGAACACAAUUGUAUAUGUUCCAUUCUACACUCUGUUUAGAGACGAGCGAAAUUUCAGAAGACCAGAGGAAUUCAUCCCUGAGCGAUGGACCACAAACCCCGAAUUGACCGUGGAUGCUUCGGUCUUUGUCCCCUUCUCCUAUGGUAAGUGCCCGUAUAGCUGUAUCGGCAAACAGCUCGCCUUGAUGGAGCUUCGAUAUGUCACAGCUUACAUAGUGCAUCAGUACGACUUCACUCUGGCCCAGGGGGAGGAUCCAGCCAAGUUCACUCGCGAUAUGACUGAUGGAUUUACUCUUGCCUGCCCACCUCUGAGUCUUGUCUUCACCGAAAGGAAAACAGCUUGA